AAGGCCUCGUUUGGAUAGAUGUGGUUUGGGGUGGAUCGGAGCCCAAACCCCGUCUCCUGUGGAUUGAAGCCCACGUCGGGGCGAGCUCCCCUGUUGGGCCAAAAUUUACAUUUGGCAAGACGCGGGUCAGCGUGGAUUAUAGCCCAAUACCCGUCGACCCACGGGGGAGACAAAAAUCUCCACCUGACCCGUGGUGUGGAAACCCUAUCUCUUCUUCGCGUCCUCGAGCGCUGCCUCGUCGCCGCCUUCCACGCGACGCGCUGCGCCGCCUCGCCCUUCGCCCUUCGCAGCGCCGCCUCGCCCUUCGCAGCGCCGCCUCCUCCACACCCCUUGCAACUCCGGCGGUUCUCGUCGUCCGCACCCUCGGCGUCUCCCUCGAGUUCACGUAUCCACUCCGAUCUUGAAUCUUGGAGGCAACCUCUACGCCAAGCUCCUGAUUGGUGACCACUUCUCCAUCGCAGUAGGAAAAGAUUGCUUUUUGGUGAUGUAUGCAAGAGGUUCGCCAAAGUUCAACAUGAUGCAAGCUACAUUUAAGCAAAGGAAGUUGUCACCAAGAGGUGGUGGUGUACAUAAGAGAGCAUCACCUAAAGCAACACAGCAAGUGGUUCGCAAAAGAGCAAAUUGGAAUCUAGGACUUGAAAAGGGUUUGGUUGAACUUCUACACUACCACAACAAUGAUUGUUACAGAAGUCAGAAUGGAUGGUCCUCAGAGGCAUGGAAUAGAAUUGUAAAAAUGUUUCAAGAAAGGUUUACACAUGUUUCUUUCUCGAGGUUGCAAAUUCAAGAGAAAGAGAAGGAACUGAAGAGGGAUUACAACCUACUCAAAGAAGCUAAAAAACAAAGUGGGGUACAUUGGAAUGAAGUUUUGGGCCUUAUUGAAGCUGAACCCCCAAUUUGGGAUAACAUAAUCCUGUCCUAUCCUAAAGCUAAAAAGUUCCAGACCAAGCCUUUUCCCUUGUUUGAUUCACUUGGAGAGUUGUAUGAUGGACAUGUAGCCGAGGGAUCCUUGAACUUCACAUCUCUUGAGCCAACAACAUUAGAACCAGCAAGGGGCACAAAAGUCGGUGCUAGUGAAGACUUGGAGCUUGACGACAACAAUUCUGCACAAUUUGCCAAUUUUGAUGAUGAUGACAGUGAUGAUGAAGUGAGGAUCUUGCAACAGUCCGAACCAAGAUGUGUUGCUGCUAUGGGAUCAAAUAGGCCUAGGCCUGCUGCAACAAGGUCUGGAAAAGAACCUGCUGCAACAAGUUCAGGAAAAGAACCUGCUGUACCAAGAUCAAGAAAAGAACUUAAUGCAACAAAUGGAGGAGUCAAGGUUGGGAAAAGACAGAAUCAAGAAAAUAUCACUAGCAUGUUGAAGAAUUACAUGGAAAUGAAAGCAAAGCAAAUUGAAGAGGAGGCUGCCGAAAAAGCAAAGACUGUAGCAGAAGAAGCUGAUUACUCGAUCAAAAAUUGCAUAAGUCUUGUGAACAGUAUUGAAGAACUCUCUAGUGAGGAAAAGGCUGAAGCUUUUGAUGUGUUCAAGGAUGCACAAAACAGGCAGAUCUUCAUGACUGCGGAACCUGUUGCACGCCUAAUAUGGCUGAGGAACAAAAUGCGGAAAGGGAGAUGUUAAUUCUGUAUUGAGGGGUGGUUCUACUUUGGCUUGAGGGCUAACUGAUGCAUAUCAAGAGGUUUUGGUAGCAGACGACUUAUUUUGGUUUAGGGCUACUGAUGCAAAUCUAGAGGUUUUGGUAGCAGACGACUUCUUUUGUUUCAGGGCUACUAAUGCAUAUUAGGAGCUUUUGCAGGCGACGUGUUUCUAAUUUUUUUAACCUGGUAAUUAUGCAUGAGUAACUCCUUUGUGGGCAUUUUGAGAGCAAUCUGCUUGUCUUGUACUAGGGCAAUGUACUGCCAAAAGUUAUUCCUUUCAGAUUGUGCAGAAUUAAGUGUUUGUGAGGCAUGCCAUAUAUGCAGUUCGCACUUGAGCCAUUCAAAUAAUUUCACUCAUCCUCAUAUUGGUGAGAGCUACUUCUACAUGGACGGCGGCGAUUAUAUUAUCUGUUUAUUGUUUGAUUGAGGAUGUA